AUGCAGAAAUAUUCCGUCGAGGAAGAGGAGCUUAUCCAAGUGAUGGAGUCCCAUACUAUUGAUGAUCAAAAGGCUUAUAACCGCCAGCAGAAGAUCCUGCUUGAUCUGCAGAAAAAAUUUCUGCAGCAUGAAACCAAGCAGGAUGACGGGAAAGACCAGGGUCGGGAUGGAGGUCACGUUGAAGGAGGAAGUGGACAUGUUGCCCGAGGUGACCAACCUAGCCAGGACAGCCACACCGGUCAACAUGUCCAAAAAAACGAAAGAUUUGGUGACAGUGGAGGUGGUGGCGGUGGAGAUGGUGGCAAAGGUGGUGGUGGCAAAGGUGGUCGUGGCAAAGGUGGUGGUGGCAAAGGUGGUGGUGGCAAAGGUAAGCUUUAG